AUGUUCGCCCAAACUUUUGACCACACUUUCAACGACUUAUUCAACCAGUACGUCAAUGUGGACACCUCUUGUGCAGAUGGCAACAAAGACGUCGCAUUCUCCGGGGACCUUGACCACCUAUUUCAACUGGAUUCAUUGUCAAGCGACUGUGGCGACCAUUCUCCCACCACCUCCACUUCUAAGCAACAGCAACCAUCAGUCCAGUCGUGGGGCCGGGACUUCUGGUGUCUUGCGCCAGAUGCAGAUGGAUCGGCAGGUCAAGGUCAUUUCUCUUUACAGGACACCAUCCACCCCUCCGCAGUCUCAGAUCUCAGUAUCACUCUGGAAGCUCCUCCAGUAGCCUAUCCCACAGACAACCGCACGUCUCCGUCCACUCCUCCUGCUACCCCCAGUCGCAAAGUCAAGAGUGCUCUUGUCACUCCGAAAUCCAUUCGCCGCCAUCGAGAUCCCAAUGAUCGUCGCGCAUUACAACGCAAGCAAAGCUUCUCGCCCAGCUUAACGCGCUCGUCGCAAAUACAACGAAGCAGAAUGGCCUACCCUGAAGCUUGGGCGCAGCGAUUCCAAGACUUCGCCUUUCGCAACGCAGAGGCUCAGCUACCCCUGUCACCCCCACCAUCAGACAUCCUUGUCCAGCAGGAAAAUGUUUCUGCCGAUCAUGUCGGCCUGCCAAUGACACACUCGGCGGAAGCCUUGUCUCGAGAGACCGAGCUACCUCCCCACUAUGAAUCCAGCAUGUUUAACCAGUCGCCUGCCAUCACAAUGCCUUCACCAUCGGCUGGCGCAUUAGCACGACAGCAACAGCGGUUCUUGAGUCAAUCCAACAGCUCCACGCUGAGCACCUCCAGCCCGCCCUCUGCAGACCACAUCUUCUCUUCCCCACUUUCCUCUGAUCCUCAGUCAAUGCCCUCAUGGCAGUCCGAUUCCCUUGCCUCUAGCGGAGUACCUUACACUCCCGAAGUCCAGAGCCACGACGCUCAGACGUGGUGGUCACCGAUGACCUCGCAAACCACCGUGCAACGGCAACCCUCCUAUCAACAAAUGAUCGUCUCGCCUUGCCCACAGCGGCCUAUCCAAAGCUCUGCCAACCAGCACGAGCUCCUACAAGGCGGACUGAUGAUCCAGUUCGAUCCCACGUCAUACGAUCUCACCCAUCCACAAAGCCAGUCCUACCACCCAACUGGCAUGCAGUCCACUUCCAGCGGUGAAGACAGCCGCUCGCACAGCCACGGAUCCAACAGCAUCCAGAACUCGGUGGAAUCAUCGUCGUUCGCGACGCCGCAAAUCCAAUGUACCUCGCGCUCCCCAACAUUGUCUCCCGGGAGCGGCUCUCCCCCAAUGGUCCGACCAAUCAUGCAGAGCCGGGGGGCGAUCCGCACCCCGCGGCGUAACAGCCACGGCCGCAAGCUCUCGGCCAACUCAAUGAGCGCACCGAAGCCCGCCACUAAGGUCACCAGCUCCCGGAGCCCCCGCGGCAAAGCCCUUGCCGUUUCCUUCGUGAACUUUACCGCCGACGACCGCAACAAGAUCCUCACGGGGGUGGCCCCCAGCGGCAGCUCCAAGACCAAGGCCCGGCGCGAACAAGAAGCCCGCGACCGCCGGCGCCAGAUGAGUGAAGCUGCGCUGAACGCGGUGCGCAACGCUGGUGGGGAUGUCGAAGCCCUUGAGGCUAUACUAUGCUAAUACCAUUUUGACUAUUCUUUUACUACUUUUUUUUGUUUUACUAUACCUUUGUUGCGACUCGUCUUUGCUUGAUUGAAGGGCAUCGGUCAUUUGGUGUUUGGGUUCUUGUCUUUCGUUUCCGCGGAUCCGAAUCUAAAAAAAAAGCGUUAGAUUCUGGGCGUUUGGGUCUCGAUAAUUAUCAUUACUAGAUA